AUGGUUUUCUUAAAAAGAAGCCAUAUUUAUAAAAGAAGAGCUGAAAACCUUGCUCAAAAGAAAAUAGAAUAUGAAUUAAGAUUAAAAAAAUUCAUUGCAAUCACCGGAAGAACAGCCCAAAUUGAGAAAUUAAUGGAUUUUGCUUUGAAAAAAUAUAACAAUGCCUACCAAGAAAACCAAAGACUAAAGGAAUUCCUGACAAUGUUGAAAGAAAAUAAUCAAAACAAUCCAGAUUCAAUUCAAGAAAUUCAACAAUUUCUAAAUUUAAACAAUAAUUAUAAUAAUUUUAAUUAUACUCAAGAUAAUUAA